GUCUAGUAGUACGUAGUACGGCCGGUUCUAAGGUAGGCGGUUCGUUGUGGUCGUGUGGUAGUAUGCCAACCGGUUGGAGAAAAAUCUGUUUUUCACCCUUUAGUUCUCAAUAGAAUGAAAUCGUGAGUUCUGUGACAAAUUUCAACAAAAAUCGUUUAUAAAACCAUCAAAGUGGCGGCCAAUACAGGAUCUCGCACCUCCAAGGAUAAUAUGCUCAAAUUUCUCACCCACAAAUUAAGAACUCAUUCUAUAAAUGAGGAUAACUAUGCAGGGAAGGCCGAUGAAGACCAUGAUUCUGGUACGGAAUCAGAUGAAGAGAUUGAUGCUCCAGUAUCAGGAUCAGCAUCCUGUUCAGAACGCGUUUGUAACGUAUCACCGGCAGACACAGGAUGUUCGAUGGAAAGUCCAGCUCCUGAUCAACACGAUGCUCACAGCUCCGAAGAAGAGUUGGAAGUUAUCAAUAGCAAUAGUAAAAUGAGGCGAUCAACGGCACCUCCCAGGCCGCUGAGGGCUGCGUCAGUUUGUCUAGCUGAAAAACGAAAGUGGUCUCAAAUUGGAGACGCGCAGAAUCGAAGGUAUACACCCGAAAACGAAGAGAACAUGUCCCACUAUAGUAAUCUAUCUCCGUCUCCUUGUUCGCCGUUCCAUAUAAAAUGUUGUAGCGAAGAUGGUGGACACCAUAUUGAACAUUCCGGCUCGUCGGAUGAUGAGGUGCACCACUUCUUGUACACACGGGCUACUCCUGUACAGUUCCGCACUUCUCCUCCUUUAGAAGCGGUAAAACCUGAACGAAGAUCAAUUGUAACGAGCAAGGGUCGGUCGACGAGCCCGCCUGCCAAACUACUUCACUACGAAGAUUCCCCAAGAAAAAGAACCAAGCACAUGAAACAUGCACAUAUCCAGAGGCCAUACCUUGAUUUUGAAAAAAUGCAACAGAUGAAAACGAGGUCCGUAACGGCCUGGCGCCACACCGCUGACCACACAGGAGAGCUGUCCGUUUACUGUUGGUGAGAUCAGCUUAAGGGGCGGACUCCGUCGCCCUCCGACUUAAGUAAUCACCCCAUGGAGGGCUGCAGUUCGUCAUCCUCAUCAUGGCCUGAUAAUCCUUCAUAGUCUACAAAAUAACUCUAACCGAAACUAAAACUACUAAAGAAUUGCUGUAUAGAAGCACUGAAUUGGUACACGUGGUUUUUGGACCGACAGUUUUAGAUUUGGGUAGUUGGCAUAGACUGGAAUACUUCAAAUGGAAUAGACGUGCGUUGAAGAUCUUGCGUCGAAAGCAUUUCGCAGACUAUAUAGUUUUGUAAUUUUAUAUGGACUCAUUAAUUGCAAUAAAUAUUUUCCACUCAAAUUUGAAGGCAGAAUACAGGAAUGGUACUAAAACGGGUACAACUCUUAAGAUUUCUUAAUUAACUCAACAAGAUGUUCCUAAAUACUCGGCUAGAAAUCAAGUGAAUAUAGGUACGCUGAAUAUUGUUUGAACCCAACAGUAAUGCUCGGUUUCACAAACAGCUGUUAAUUGCCUUAUUCAUUAUGAAAGUUAACUGUGACAGCUAUUAUUAAAGGUCAACUAUAUUGUAUGACCAAGAUUCCGCAGAAUUUUGUAGUCAAUCGGUUUAUUUUAUCGAUUUUUAAAGCGAUGCUUAUAUACUAGCGUUGUAUUACUUUUUCUCUAUAGUAAAAUGCCAAGGUGAUCGUCACGAAACUAGCGUCACGGAAUAGUUGGAGAAGUCCAUUUACGCGACGAGGGGAGUCCGGUAUACAACAUGUUAACUUUUUCAAUUCUGUUAAAAUCUAUAACAAGGAUAUUAACUAGCAGCGGUUUUGUGUACAUUACACAAUAAACUUUGUAAAUCGAUGAUUGUAUAAAAAUCGUAAAAUAAAAAAAUAAUAAAACUACUUUAUUCAAUUGUAAAAAACAUUGAAAAUUUACCAAUGCAGAAAAUAUAGCUGUCUGAUGAACGAGUUCAUCAAACCUGGAAUGUCUCAGUAGUAACAAAAAUGUUAAUUACUAGGUGUUCUCUCUUCCUAUACACAUAUAUGCUGGUUCCAGCUGCCAAUAAGUGUUUUUCUUUUAAUAUAGUACCAAGAAAUUCACCUUUUUCUUUUGUAAACCCAAGAUCCCUAACAAGUUGUUAAGCUCGAUCUGCUUAAAUGGUUUAGGCUCUAUAUUUUCUGUACAUUGGAACUCUUCAUCAUCUUGCUCAUCUAAUUGCGUCUUUACAUCAGAAAACACUUCUUGUUUGAACAGAAUUUAAAUCAUUUUGAUGUUCUGGGACCCGCAAAUCUACAUCGUGCCCUAGUGGUCGGAUGGCAGACAUUAGGUUAGGGUAGAUUAUUACCUUCUUGUUUUUGAAGGUAUGACCAGUAAUAUCAAUACUGCAAAAGUAGAGAUAAAUAUGAGAAAUAACCCAUUUUCACAAAGUCAUAAUGUUUCGUUGGUGUUUUUUUAAUAGCAAACUCACCACAAAUAUAAAACAAUAUGUUAGCAGAGUUCUUACAACCACGAUUAGACAUUUUACUGAGCAAAUGUACUGGAAAUGUGGAAACCAGAAAGUGAGGUUAGGUUGUCACUAAACACAUCAUCAGCUGUAAAUAGAUAGUAAAUAUUUUACAGCAGUGUUACCAUCUCUUCUACAUCCAGUACAAUUUGAGGUCUAUAAAAGCUGUUCAAUUAAUUAGGAAUAGUUAAUUCAUCAGUUUGCUUUUGUGAUAAUGUUUCGAUUUGAGAUUUGAAUCAUUUUCUUUGAAUGCAAAAUUAACGAGAGAUAUUUAGACCAAUUAUAUUACAAUCUAUGACAAACACAAGUGUAUUUUCCAGUUAGUAUAGAAUACUAAGUUGUCAUGAAAUGGAAAUAAUUAAAUUACUCAUAAACUACUUGAAAGAAACAAAUAUAGUCAUUUAAAUGAAAUUGGUAUAAAUAUAACAAAACUAAUAGAUUAAGGUAAAAAUAAAAUAAAAAUCUGUGGCUAACGGACCUGCAUCCAAGCCAUCUUUGCACACACAUUAACACACUAAAAAUCUGUUCAAUUCUUGAAAAAAUCACAAAAUUUAAUAAAUCCAAGUGUAAAUGUGAAGAAAUGGUAGGUGAUGUGACAUAGCUUAAUAAAUGUCGUAUUUGGAUUUAGCAACUUAAAAAAACAUAAGAAUAAAGUGUUUUAAGUAAAAAUGUUUUUUUCAUCGUUGGACGUCAGGCAUUGCAAUUUAUGUUUAGACAUUGCUAAAGAUAUUUUACACAAAUUUUCAUGCUGCAUCUAAUCCUAUUUAUAUUGGUCCAUCUCCAGGUCUGUAAACAGUAAUUAAUAACCGUAUAUACUAUAUACUUCAUUGCAAAAUAUAUUCAGGGCCGGUUGUUCGAAAGCUAAUCAAAAAUGGAAUCAACAAGGCUUUUCAUCGAUUGUCAUUUGUUUCGAGCUUCUGUAAUAUGUUGUAUAAUCUGUGUAUAAUAUUAAUAUACACGGAUUAUACGACAUAUGACAGAAGCUCGAAACAAAUGACUGUGAAUGAAAAGCCCUACUGAUCAUUAUCAAAUAUUUAAUUACUGUCAAUGUCAACUUUGAUUGGGUUGCUGAAAACAUAAUUGAUUACAAUUAUGAGUUUAAUUGAUUAAUUAAUCAAUAAUGUUAAUAAUUGGUAUGUUAAUUAAUAAUUAAUUAAUCAAUCAAUUAUGUUAAUUAUCAUAAUAAUAAUUAACAUAAUUGAUUACAAUCAACUGAUUGACGUACGAACAACGGAUUUUGUAAUUUGAUUGUUGUUAAGGGGACUUAAUUUUAAUCAACUUCUUGAUUAGCGUUCGAACAACCGGCCCUCAGUGUACGUAUGUUCAUUUCUUGGAUUUAUAACCCUGUAUAUGGUGCGUGUAUUGUAAAUUUAACUAGAGAUAAUAAUUGUCACAGUUGACCGUUUAUUAGUUAAUUGAGGAAUUACUGUAACGGAUGUUUGUGAAACUGUCUUUGGGAGAUUCAGAUGUUUAAUCAAUUUUAGACUUUAAUCGUAAAAUAGAGGGCUAUAAAAUAAAUACAUCAAAUAAUAAUGUGAACAUAACCGAAAAAUAUAAACAAGUUUUGGUAUAAAGACCAAAAUUUCGCCUACGAGCGAUUCUUUUAGGAUUGAGUUAUAUAAAGAUUAGAGUACAGUUACUUUUAGUAGUUUCAGAAUGAUUUACAAGAGAAUAUCUGAAGUUGCCCACCUUUGUAGGCGGUUUAUGGUUUCACAAAUGAAGAAAAUAAAUUAAUUGCAAUAAAACGUUCUUCCAUUUUUGAAAGUAAGGUUAUACCAUAAUAGACGGAGAGGCAGCGCUGAAAAAUCUCUUUGAAUUUACUAAAGCUAAAUUUUUCAGUUGAUUACUGUGAUUGUGUAGAGAAACAUACUGCGGUCGGUCAAGCGAAAAGUAGAACAGGGGUUACUGAGAGGGUUGCUUUCCUACGAAGGUAAUUAAAUCCAUUUACUAAGGCUGAAAAUCAGUACACACAUUCUAAAUUGAAUAUAAAUACAAGUUAUUAUAGUCGGCCAGCUGUAUGACGGGACAGAGCCGGUCGGUCGGCCCCAAUGAAUGUACAGGGUUAUUCACUAUAUUUUGACCCCCUUGUAAACUGCUUUAUUUACAGAAUUAGAAAAAAAUGCAAAAAACAAAAGUUUUCGAUUUUUUAAUUAUGAUUUUUUGACAUAUAUAUCGUACUAGUGACGUCAUCCAUCUGGGCGUGAUGACGCAAUCGACUAUUUCUUUAGAUGAGAAUAUUGGUCGUGUGCUAGCUCAUUUGAAAGGUUAUUCAAUUCUCUACACAGUACUAUAAAUAUUAAGAUUAUUAUUUAUACAGGGUGUCCAAAAAUUUUUUUGAAUUAUUAAUUAAACAAUUAAUUUAAUUUAAAAAUUUUUUUGGACACCCUGUAUAAUUAAUCAUGUUAAUGUUUAUAUUACUAAAUAGGGAAUUAAAUAACCUUUCAAAUGAGCUAGCACUCGACCCCUAUUCCCAUUUAAAAAAGUAGUCGAUUACGUCAUCACGCCUAAAUGUAUGACGUCACUAGUACGAUAUAUAUGUCAAAAAAUCAUAAUUUAAAAAUCGAAUAACUUUUGUAUUUUACAUUUUUUUCUAAUUCUGUAAAUAAAGCAGUUUACAAGGGGGUCAAAAUAUGGUGAAUAACCCUGUAUAUUCACUGGGGUCGACCGACCGGCUCUGUCCCGUCAAACAGCUGACCGACUAUAAUAACUUUUAUUUAUAUUUAAUUUAGAAUGUGUGUACUGAUUUUCAGCCUUAGUAAAUGGAUUUAAUUACCUUCGUAGGAAAGCAACUUUGAUACCCUCUCAGUAACCCCUGUUCUACGUUUCGCUUGACCGACCGCAGUAUGUUUCUCUACACAAUCACAGUAAUCAACUGUGAAAAAUCUAGCUUUAGUAAAUUCAAAGAUAUUUUUUAGCGCUGCCUCUUGGACUAUAACUUUAAACGGAUGAAAUGAGAAGGUUAAAUGAUAAAAUGAGAACAUACGGUACUGAUAACUGAAGAGAGGAAAUUGUGGACAAAAUAGUUGAGCUGAAUCUAAAGGUACAAAUUUAAAAAGCAAUUAAAAAAUACUUAAAAAUAAAGCAAAGACUAGGAAAUAAAAUAUGAAAUUGAGGAAAACAUCUCAGAAACACACCAUAAGAAGAAAAGUACUGAAAACAUAAAAUACAAAAAAAUCAAUAGGGAAAAUAAACCAUCCUACGGAAAAGCGAUAAGAGUAGGAAUAUUGUUCCAAAAUUAUCCAGGUACUCUUAAUAAAUCACUUGGUACCUAUAAAAGAGAAGAUUUUGGACAAAAUAUUGAAGCUCAAUCCUUAGAUCCGAAGUUAAGAAAAUAAUAAAAAAUGAACUUCAAAAGUAAAGCAUAGAAAGCAAAAUAAAGUAUAAAAUGAGUUGAGAGUGACGAAAAAAUCAGGAAACAAACCAUAAUAUGGAUAGGUUGUAACUGUGCUAAAGAUAGGAAAGUCUGUCCCAAAAUUAUCCAGAGAUUUCUCUUUCAGUUGUAACACUUAGUGUUCAUAAUAGAGAAUAUUUUCCGGUGCGAAAAAUAGGUUCUAAAAUAUGCCCUACAGAUAGGAGUUAACAGUAAUAAGGAUAGGAAUGCUGCCCCAAAAUAUUCUAGAAACUCUUUCAAUGAAACACUUGGUAGCUAUAAAAGAGAAGAUUCUGGUUGAAAUAUUGAAGCUCAACCCAUAGAUUCAAAGUCAAGAAACCAUUAUUAAAUGUUUUUUUAUUAUUAUAUGUUGUAAAGGUAAAUUAAGGUAACUAUCUCAGGUUUUAGGGUUUAUUACAAUGAAAAUCACGAUAAUUCGAACAAAUGGUGUAUUUUCGACUUUACGGUACAAAAUCUCGAUGCUAACUCAACUAAACAGAAAAAUUGAAAAUAGGGUCUUUGUAUCUUUCUUAGGUACAUCUCUUUCAACGGGGCAUUGGGCCACUUAAUAUUGGUUCCCGGAAAGGCAUAUGCCCGCUGGUUCCUUACCGACGCGUUCCUUACAUAGAAGGCGUAGAAGGGGCCGAUUUGCUACAAUGUUUAUUUUUAAAAAUAAGCAAUGAAAGCAAAAUAAAAUAUAAAAUGAUCAAUCCUCUGGGAAGAGAAGCCAUGCUAUGAACAGGCAUAACUGUGAUAAAGAUACAAAACUCUGUCCCAAAAUGAUCCAGAGACUUCUCUUUCAGUAGAACAUUUGAUAUCCAUAAAAGAGAACAUUCUGUGGUCCAAAAAAUGAGAAGAUGUAUUAGAAAGUUUCAAGAAGCAAAUGGUAGUAGUUAGACUUUUCCUUUGGAAACCAAACAAUACUGUAGUACACCACUCUAAAUUUCAACUUGUUAGGAAGAUAAAAGGAAAUCACAAAAUACAUGAAGAAGCAGUAUAGUAUACAUAUAUGUAUGUCUAAGAAAGUAUGUAUAAGAAAGAGCAUAAAAAGAUGGAAAAGGAAAUAAUGUAUCAAAACACAGAAAACAUGGAGUCACCUGGUUUGACGAGAAAGCAUUUGACAUUGUUAAACACGAAAAAUUAGUUGUUAUGUUGAAUGCCAUAGCUAUGGAUGGGAGGGAUAUUCGGAUACUAGCCGGUUUGUACUAGCUAUCAGACAGCUGACAUUAGAGUUAAAAGUCAGACGUCCGAAGAAGUUCCUAUUAUAAGGGGAAUUCGACAGGGAUGUGUGCUUUCUCCACGUUUCUCUAACAUCUUAGAAGACACAGAAAAAACAUAAGAACUAAUAAAUAUUUCAAACUUCUGUGGUCCUGAAUUGGAAUUCGCGAGUGAAUUGAGUCAGCCAAUGCAUGACUAGCAGGAUGAGAGAUGAAGUCUUGCGGAGAGAUGGCACUUAUUGAUUGAUUCCUACCACAAUAUGUUGAGACCUUAUAAAACAGAAAUAUACAGAAAGUAUGGGUGGAGAAGAACAUGUAUAGGUGCAUGAUUGACGUCAUAUUUCUUUAAAACCGGACACAAUCCAAAGAUUUAACAUCUAAUUCAGAUAUCCUUCUGUUCAGUUAUUAUUUGCAGAUAAUGUAUUUAUUUAUAGAGGAAUAAAAUGACUUAAAAGGCCCUUUCGAAAAUUUGUAGAAGAACGACUUAAUAUUUUUGUACAAAACGAGUAUUAAGGAUGAUAAUGUUACUGUGAAUGUUUAUAUAUACAAAAAAGGUAGAUCUCGGUGUUUUAAAGUAGAUUUAGUUUACACACUUUUGAUAUCAUCAAUUUGUUUCUAAGGGGCUUUUGAUGGAAGGAAAGUGCACAAAAUUUUAUUUUUAACCCUUUCAUUGCGCAUGGCACGGAUCCGUGUCAUCACUGUGCAUGACACGGAGCCGUGUCAUCACUGCACGCGGCAUGGAUAUGUGUCGUCAAUGCGCACGGCACUGAUCCGUGUCAGGAUGCGUUUUCAGACAAUGCGUGUGACGCGGAUCCGUGACACUGUUGCACAGGCACAUUGUCAUUUUAAUUGAGAGUAGAUACUGAGCGCUAGUUCAAGGUAGAGUGCGUUGACGAGCGUGUAGCUUACAUAUCGGGACUAAAAGUUUGUUCGUUUCGGAUUUUUUUUUUUCGUAGGUAGAUUAAUAUGGAUGAUAGUAAGGCAGGGUCGUCGGGCAUUAAAAAUGCCCCUCCUGGGCAUGUCUUCCAGCAAAACGUAGCAGUGAAUAGGUUAAAGGACACCGCAUACAUCUUAUGGAAAAUGUAAUCUCAAAUCCAAAUGAUUUACAUGAAUAGAUUCGUCUGGAAAUUACAAUCAUUUCAUAUCAUUGCGCCGACUCAGAACUUUGAUUAAUAACGACGUAAAUUGAUGUAAAUAAGUCUAAAAUCAAAUGGCUGUGUGCGUGAGCUAGAGAGAGGAAAGAGAUUUUGUGAAUCGCCAGUUCAUAAAUCUUUAUGCAGGUAUUAAGGCUUAUCUUAUAGAUACCUAAUAAAGUAGGUAUAAUUUGGUCAGUCGUACCAAAAUAUAUAGUUCGUCUAAUCUGCUUAGCUCAUGCUGGGUUAAGCUGUUUUCAAUAGCAACUAGACUAAUAGUAUUUAUGAAUGACAGUUUUAUGAACUUCAAAAUGGGAUUUCCAUAAACUUUAUUUUCAAUUUACACCGCUAUUUGUCAAAAUUCAGAGAUGGCGCAGUGAUAUGAAAUGAUUGUAGUUUCGAGACGAAUCUAUUCAUGUAAAUUUUAUUGUAUUGAGUGACAUUACAUUCUCCAUAAGAUGUGUGCGGUAUCCUUUAUAAAAAAUGUUAACUCGAAAAUUAAUGUUAAAUGUAUAGGAGUUACGGAAAAAUGAGACUAGUCCAAUAAUAACAAUGCUCAGUUGCAGCAGUUUCACUAAAUAAACGGAACUGAGCUGAAAAAACUGAUAUUUUUGUAAUAAAAUAUAAAUUUUGUGUCAAUUAUAUCAAAAGUACUAGAAAUGCUUGUGUUGGGCAAUUCUUUCACAUGUACCGAUGAAGGUACAGAUAAUAAAAUUGUAAUACAGUCAUUCGAUUGCCGAGCGAAUCGCUCUGUAGUUUAGUAGCUUUUCCUAAAUUAUGCAAUAUUCUUGACAUCUGUCAUAAGUCAUAAAUAAAUAUGAUCAUCUGCCAUACAAUCUUAAGCCUUGUGCACACUUAAGCAUUCGCCCCGAGUGAGCAUUAUUUCCCCUUUUUUUGCUCGGAUGAGUACGGGAACGGUACGGGUAAGCCGAACGGAUCUGUACUACUCAGUCCGAGACGAGAGUUGCCUAGAAUGGUCGAACUGCUUCAAAAAUUGGUAUGUGACAAUAUUACAACCAAUGUAUAACAGUGAAGCCAUUAGCUAGAUCACUGGAUGCUAAUUGUUUAAGGCUUCGACUAGCCCUGUCUCUCAGGUGUAGGUACGUCUUAUCCUAUAAAAAAAGCAAAUCCUGCGUAAAGCUGUACAAAAUGUGAAAAUAAUACAACAAAAUGUAUGGCUUCAUGCAGCGUUUAUUAACUACAGUUGUAGUUGAAUGUUUGAUAUAGGCUGCCUCCAUGGAUGUAUGCUGAAGUAGUUGCAAUAGGUGUUGAGUUCUCCAUAGUAGCAGCCAUGUCACUGCAGCUUAUUCUCUGGUGCACCAAGUGGUUCGGUAAGUCCUGUUCAACAGAGGGGACAAGAAAAAUUUAAGUCAAACGAAACCCAAUAGAGAUUUAGCGAUAUAAAAUGGGUUUAUAAACUAAAACACCACUUUAAAUAGAUGAAAAGGUGCAGAAAAAAACAUUACUAGAAAAUCACGUUUAAGUUUGAUAAAAAUUUUUGUCUUAUACAUGAUCGUUCAUCGAUUAUUUGAUGCAACUGAUAAUUUGUUGUGUGAAUUUAGUUGAACUGUUUUCUGAUUAAUAAUAAAAUUUUGUGCACUUUUAAUAGAAACAGUAACAAAAUUAAAACUGCCACCUUACACUAUUUACUUCUUCCACAAUGUUAUAAAAAUUUAAAUCGCAGUUAGUUAGCAUUUUUGGAUUGUAAAAUUUUUUAAAAAAUUGUCUGACACAUUAAACUAAGUCUAAAAACUGCCCUUCAUUUUUUAAACUCAUAGGCUCUUAAUCUGCCGUAACGCAACUGCAACUCAACCGCAAAAAUAAACAUGUUGUAGCUGCUACACAGUCAACUAGAUUCAAACACGUGCUUUUAGUACAAAGUCAAACACGUGCUUUUAGUACAAAGUCCGCUCACCAACCCAAUUGCAACGUGGCGUAAAACGAAUAGACUCGAAAUUGAUCGCGAUUCAACUGGCAUGUCAGUUGCAAUACAACUGUUGCAUGCAUAAGAUUUUGAAGGGAUCAUUUUAUAUAUGAAACUCUAUUAUAAUGAUGGAACAAGACUUGUCCUUUAAAUUAGUAGAGGCAUUUGAAAAACAUGCCUGCUUGUUUGUACAAUAAUUAUAAUCUUCUACACUGACACUUUUCCUAUAGUUUGUAUCCCUUUUUUGCUAUGUAUCGCCAAAGUAUUUCUACUAGUUUAUGAUUCAUUGGCACUAGUUGCAUCGCAGUUGAGUUGUAAUUGUGUCGCAGUCGGGUUGUAGUUGGGUCACAGUCGAGUUGUAGUUGUGUCGCAGUCGAUUUGUAGUUGCGUUGUGGCGGUGGACGAAGAGCCAUAUUCGACUGCCCCUAAACUGCUUCAUUGUUAUAACUUAAUCAAAAUAAGUGUGAAAAUUAUUCGUAAAAUAUUGUUGUUUACUAAAGAAAGUAGGAACAAUAUAUAAGUAGGAAUACCUUAAUAAAUUAAAGACUAUUAUAAAAUUGCGUGCAAGUGAUAGAAGUUGUGAACUUGUUUGUGUUUUAUGUACAGUGAAAUACGGAUGCGAAAUAUUGUUCUAUGGAAAUUUUGUUAUAUGGAUACACACUGUCUUUCAAUUUACGUAUAAAUAUACGUGCGUUCAAUAUUUACUUUAAUUUGUAAAAGCACCUGACUAAAUUUUAUUCUGACAACGCCGCAAUAGCUCAGGUGUAUAACAGUUACUCUAUAUUAGCGCUCAGUUCACCAACAUUCAAGAACAUUAUACAAAACAAUAAAUAAAGUUGAUCAAUCGACUCCAGUUGGUCCUUCGAGCCGGAUUACUCUUGUAUAUAAACGUGUGUAUGUAGAUUAACUGUAUGCUGGUAAAUCUUGUUUCAAAUUAUAUAGGUAUUCUUGAGAAGAAAUGUACUCAAUUGAUCAACUUUAUUUAUUGUUUUGUACAAUGUUCUUGUGCGUUGGUGAAUGACUCAGCGGGAAUAUAGAAUACCUGUCAUACAAAUUUAAGGAAAUAUAAAACAACGUGUACCCCAGGUCAAAUUAGUUAGAAGUUCGAUGAUAUGAGCUAUAUCCUCGGCUAAACUUAUUAACAUUCUCUCUUUGAGGUAUAAACUUCGUUUGUUUUAUCCUAUUUAUUAAACAAAAACAAGUUAAUAGAAACAGUCAAUUUCGAAUAGAGUGGAGAAACAUUGUAAGAAAUUGGUUAUACAGUUUCUGCUCAUAUAUGUUUAGACUCAGCAAAUUCUGAUUUUCUUGUUUAAUAUUCAAUCAUAAUUACAACUAAGUAAACUAUAUACAGUAUCAAGAACUAAGUAGAUCUGUAGGUGCCACUGACAGAUAUAUGUUUAUAUCAUUGAUUCUUUCUAACUGUCCUGUGUGGCUCACUAUACUUAAAAAUGUUCUAAAUAACAGACUAUUAUAUUAUUAUCUUUAAAUAUACGUACUAGAUAACGACUUCUACCAAUUGUUGUCAAAAGGGUUCGAACUUUUGUUUCGAUACCUAUUGAUUUAUUUUAUUUCACAUUGUCCAGUUGUAGCUCCCAUACUGAAUUUGAUGCUCAAUGGAUAUUUCAGUCUUUAUCACAGCCAGAAACAAGUCCGCGAAAUGCACCAUUCUUUUUCAUACUGUGUAUUCAUCGAUCAAAAAGUCGUAAAAUAGUGUUAGAGAGAGUAGGGGGUGAGUCGUAUCUCCAUCUUGUUUUACAAUGUGUGCUUUUUCUUGACGGUAUGUAGGUUUCAAGUUGGUAAUAUCAGUCAUCAUGGCUUUUUCAAUUCUAUUCUUCAAAAAGUUUAUAAUGUUCUAAGGCUUCAGGUCGAGAACAUGAUGUUCCUAUAUUUUCUGUGUCCCAAUACAGUGUUUUUACUUGAUAUUCUACUUUCUUUCUAAAAUCUACAUAUACGGUGAUACUUGGCGAUUUUGUCCACUUGUGUAGAAAAAUAAGUGGGAACGCAUUCAGUGAAUUGUGUUGCUGUUGCAUCGUAGGUGGAGCCAAGUAUCACCGUAUAUUUGACACUUACAACUUUGAUACUUCAACAACUGAACGAUACAUUUUUGCCAUUAAAAAAUCACAAACUUGUUUGCUUUCAUCAUGUCAGAUGUCACCAUUGAAAGGAAUCCGUUAUCAUGUAACAUCAUCUGUCAAAGAAUAUGGUAUUGUGCCUACCUUCACAUGCAUUGCAAUUAUUGUUAAAAAAGGGAUGUGGAUGUCUUGUGAUUUAACAAAAGGAUCUUAGGUUAUCAUUUUGCAAUCUUAUUUUUCUAUUUUUUUCUACCACUUUGAUGUUGAUUCCGCCAAAGAUGAACUCGGGCCUCAUUCUGUCUAUUUGGUGCCAAAAUAUCUGAUAUUCCAGUGCCCUGACCAUCGGUUAUACCAUCGAUUUACAAUGAUCCAAUUAGAUGAAGAACAAAAUCAGCCUACCCUUUAUUAUUGUAUUCUUCAAUUUGCACAAAAAGUUUAGUAAUUUACUCUGUAUUUUGAACAACUUUAAGAUAAAUUUACCAAAAUAUUUGGGAAGAUAUAUAGAACAAUUUGAUGUGUUUUGUCUAUUAGUAAUGAUAAAAAUAAUUGAGUAUUGAAUUUGGAUAAGUGUACAUAUAGCAAAGUAAUUCGAAUGAAACAGAUAUUGUAGAGUGAUCAAUUGAAAAUAUGUAUAAUCAGAACCACAAAUUAGAUUAUACUUAACAGUGCAAAUAUAUAUUAAUUUUAAGUUUAAUAAUCAUGAAAAAAAAAGAUAUCUAUCUUCAUUUCUUAUGUAUUACCCAUUUUAAAACGAACACAAUCUUUAAUGCCGUUAGAAGUUCUAGAGAUACGUCAAUAAAUCAGACUUUAUAGAAUUUGUCAGCUUCUGUGACAAGAGUCAAAUCAUUUCUUUUUUUGAUUUGAAACAUGUUGGUUUUAAGCCAUCCUAAUGGAUAAGAACGAAAAAAUUCUGAAUUCUUCACACUGCCAUUGCGGAAUUUCGCACAUUAGCGCAAAAUUCUGCGGAUAUGCGCAAUUCCGCACAUACCAUCGUGGAUUUUCGCACAUUAGCGAUAAAUUCUGCGGAUGUGCGAAAUUCUGCGCUAUAAAAUCGCGGAAUUUCGCACAUUAGCGCGGAAUUCUGCUGAUGUGCGAUAUUCCGCACUAUAUCAUUGCGGAGUUUCGCUCAUUUUCAUCACAAGAAUGAAACCAUUUCUUUUUUAUUUGGGCCAUGUCGUUUUUGAACCAUCGCAAUGGAUUGGAACAAAAAAUUCGGAAUUCCGCACAUUACCAUUCGGAAUUUCACACAUUAGCUCCAAAUUCUGCGGAUAUGCGAAAUUCUGCGGAUGUGCGAGAUUACGCGCAAUACUAUCAUGGAAUUUCGCACAUUUCCAUGACAAGAAUCAAAUCAUGUCCUUUUAAUUUGGACCAUAUCGUUUUUGAACCAUCGCAAUGGAUUGAAACGAAAAAAAAUUCGGAAUUCCGCACAUUACCCUGGCGAAAUUACGCACAUUAGCGAGAAAUUCUGCGUAUGUGCAAAAUUCCGCACUAUACCAUGGCGAAAUUGCGCACGUUAGCGCGAAAUUCUGCGGAUGUGUGAGAUUCCGCACUAUAUCAUUGCGGAAUUUCGCACUUUUUCAUGGCCAGAAUUGAACAUUUCUUUUUUAUUUGGACGAUGUCCUGUUUGGGCCAUCACAAUGGAUAGGAACGAAAAAAAUUCGGAAUUCCGCAUUACACCAUGGCGUAAUUUUUCACGUUAGCGCAACAUUCCGCGGAUGUGCGAAAUGGCGCAAUUUUAUUUUUGUAAUUAUAAAAGCAAAUUAAUGUUUUUGAAAUAAUUCACUGAGUAAUGGUUUUUCUUUUCCCCUUCAUAUUUCAUAUGUGUAGCAUUCCUACUUAUGUUAAUAGCAAUUUAAAAGAAUCUAUUGGGAUUUUAAAUCAUUAUAUAGAGCGUAUAGAGCAGUUUCUUCUGGACUAAUUUAGGUUAAAGUAUGAGUAUAUCUAAAUUUUUGAAGCGAAGCGAAUUUUAUGCUGAAAACGUUAUAUUAAUUUUUUUCUCUAUAGUAAAAUGUUAAGGCGAGCGUCAUUGAAGUAGCGCCACGAAAUAGCGAUUUGUGGUCCGCAGUUACAGUAAACAGUAAAGAGUCAAUUUACGCGAUGAGGGGAGUCCCUUAUACAUGUAAACUUAUUCAAUUUUAUUAAAAUCUAUAAAAAAAUAUAAAUAAAAAAUAAAACUACUUUAUUCAAUUUUAAAAAUACAGACAAAAUAGUAUGAAGCUUCGCGCUAAUCUACACUGCCGCCUACCGAAAGAAAAAACUGCCAAUUUUUUUUCUUUUUUCUUCAUCCAUUCAUUUUCUAUCUUUAUUUAAAUAAACUUAUAUGUAUCUUGAAUAAAAUAGGUAUUGUUUUAAGGAUACACAAGAUACAGUCCAACUAUCGAUAAAUAGUUUGGUUCGUUCAAAUAAAAUGGGUAGUACCGUGUAUUAGUACCAGUGAUACAAACGAAAUACGAAACAUUUGUGGUUUUUUGAAACCUAGAGUCAGUAAAACGAAACUAACUUGAUUUUACAGGUACAGUUUGUCAAACCUAGGAAAAACUUUGAAAAUCUUACAUUACAAUAACUCCACAUGGCGAUUUUAAGAUUUUUUUCAAACUUAUUCUUAGAUUUGGUAAACUGUAAACUUGAUACUUAGACUUUAGACGUCAGGUGCUAUUCUCAUUUUCUUUUUCAUAAAACCGCAACUUUUUCCUAUUUCUUAUUAUAAUUAAGACUAUAGAUCAUUAAAUAUUUUACACCAUUGUGUAGAAUUGUUUGAAUUAUUUGUGAUAUAAUCGUAGUCAUAUAGAAAUUACUUGGUACCUUAAAAAAUAAUCUGUGAAGACUGUUAACAGUGGUGUUGGCAAUGAACAUUUUAAGAAGUAAGUUUUACAUUACUAACAAACCAGAAGAAAGUUAUCAAUCCGGAGAAAGUUGUAUAGGGGAAAAGCAUGUACCUUGGGAAAAAAUGUACUAUUAUUUUUUAUCUUAUUUGAUCCCGGUAAAAGAACUACGCCUAGAUGGAUGACGUCACUAGUAUGAUAUAUAUAUAUAUAUAUAUAUAUAUAUAUAUAUAUAUAUAUAUAUAUAUAUAUAUACCCGAAAUGGUGGAUGUGUGAAUUGUUCGUAAGGGGAUUUUUCCACAUUCUCUAUUUCAUCUAUUUGAUUUCGUACGAGUGGUCGUUAAACCAAUAACCUUGGAUCUUUGGUUCACUGAGUGUGUUUCAAAGAUCUACAUCUUAUGUUUUUAAAUAUAUAUAUAUAUAUAUAUAUAUAUAUAUAUAUAUAUAUAUAUAUAUAUAUAUAUAUAUAUAUAUAUGCCAAAAAAUCAUAAUUUAAAAAUAAAAAUCGACUUGUCUCGGAAUUUUUCUCCGAAGUGGCCUAUUUUCGAAAAAAUUAAUUUAUUCCAUAAUUUUGAACCUCUCUCUAUUUAUUGCACAUACCAAGAAGUUUUCCUGAAAUGUUGAAUUUGCUUCUUAAAAUGAUUUUUACCAAUGCUAUGCAGCCUAAACUGUUUCUAUAUGCCUAUAAUCGCACAUUAUAUUUAGUUGCAUUAUUAAUAUGUUAAGUUUUAAGUGUUUUUUUAUUAUCAACAAUUUGGCCCAAUAAAUAUUUUAUACCAUGA